AUGCCGGCUUUCACUCUAUAUGGCUCUCUUGGGUCAACCAACACCGAUCGUGUCCGCCUGACCCUCGCCGAAGGCGGCUUCACAGAUUACGAACUCGUGUCCCUCGACCUUCGCAAAGGGGAGCACAAGUCCCCAGAGCACCAAAGUCGUCACCCAUGGGGUAAAAUCCCUGUAAUAGUCUCCGCCGACGGAUUCACUCUCUACGAGAGUCGUGCAAUCUGCAAAUAUCUCGCAACGAAGUACUCGUUUCCACUUGUUCCUCCAGCCUCCGACAUCGAAGCUGCAGCACUGUUCGACCAGGCACAGUGCAUCGAGAUGACGUACUUUGCAGAGCCAGCAGGGAAAAUCGCAUUCGAGAAGUUUGCCAAAAAAUUCAUAGGGCUGCCCCCGGAUGAAGCGGCAGUCUCGGCUGCACUGCGAUCGGUCGACAUGUUUUUCGACGUUGCAGAAUGUCUCUUACAGGACAAGGAUUAUAUGGCUGGAAAUGACUUCACGAUCAUUGAUAUCUACUAUAUUCCGCUGAUUCAAAGAUUGUUCGUAUGUGGGUACGGAGAUGUCAUCACUAGCCGCAAGGCUGUGAGUGCUUGGUGGGACCGUUGCCUCAAUCGACCAGCCAUACAGACGAUGUUGGCUGCUGACAAGGAGGCUACGGCUGCUGCCAGCAAAUAG